AUGGUCCAGCACUUCUAUGUCUUUCUUACAGUGAAGUGCCCAGAACUGAAUGCAAUAUUCAAGUUAUUUGUAGUAGAUGUCUGGACUGGUCAAAUUACCAAGAUUCCUAUUCUGAAAGAUCGUGAACCUGGCAUGAUGAACCAGCAGGGAUGUGGUAUUCAUGCCAUUGAGCUCAACCCCUCGAGGACCCUUCUGGCCACAGGUGGAGACAACCCCAACAGUCUUGCAAUUUAUCAUCUGCCUACACUCGAUCCUGUCUGUGUGGGAGAUGAUGGACAUAAGGACUGGAUAUUUUCAAUUGCAUGGAUCAGUGAUACUAUGGCUGUUUCUGGUUCCCGAGAUGGUUCAAUGGGUCUCUGGGAAGUCACAGAGGAUGUAUUGUCCAAAAGCAAUGCCAGACAUAAUCUCUCUCAAGUUCCUGUCUAUGCCCACAUAACACACAGGGCUCUGAAGGAUAUCCCCAAGGAGAACACUAAUCCUGACAACUGCAAAGUACGAGCAUUGGCUUUCAACAAUAAGAACAAGGAACUGGGAGCUGUGUCCCUAGAUGGGUAUUUUCAUCUUUGGAAAGCAGAACAUGCACUAUCAAAGUUACUUUCCACAAAGUUGCCAUACUGCAGGGAAAAUGUGUGUUUGGCUUACGGUCAGGAGUGGUCAGUGUAUGCAGUAGGAUCACAGGCACAUGUCUCAUUUCUGGAUCCCAGGCAGCCUUCUUACAAUGUUAAAUCCGUCUGUUCCAAAGAACGAGGCAGUGGUAUUCGAUCAGUGAGUUUCUAUGAGCACAUCAUCACAGUGGGAACAGGGCAAGGCUCCUUACUGUUUUAUGAUAUCAGAGCCCAGAGGUUCCUGGAGGAAAAGCCUCCACGUGCCUGCUAUGGACAGAAGCAGAAAUUAGGAGGAAGUGAAAUUUUGAAGUUGACUACUGGGAAAGGCUGGCUGAAUCAUGAUGAAACCUGGAGGAAUUAUUUUUCUGACAUAAAUUUUUUCGCAAAUGCUGUUUACACCCACUGCUAUGACUCAUCUGGAACGAAACUCUUUGUGGCAGGAGGCCCCCUUCCAUCAGGACUUCAUGGGAAUUAUGCUGGUCUCUGGAGCUAAUGAUAAUCUUUAUAAAUGUUGGUCUUCAGACAGAUUUCCACUUUUCCUUCCCUUUUCUUAACAGCAAAAUUGUGUGAUGCUAUGGAUUUCUGAUUUAAAUGCGAGUUAUUUUUCGCAGUUUUA